AUGGCUUUCAGAGUGUGCAGGCGAAUUUUCAGGUGCUCGGCUGUCAUCUCCAGACAGUUUAUCGUACCUGCUAGAAAAGAAUCCGCGCAAUGGCUUCUUACCAAAGGAAACACUAAAUGUUGCUCUGGAAGGAGCAACUCGUUUAGCUUCAAUCCUGCGUGCUCCAUCACAUCAGAUGCGUUUGUGAGCGGUCUGCUGAGAGAGACUGCUGGCGAUGCAGUCAACAGCACUUACCGCCUUCCCGGUUCUGUUCCUCCAGACAGAGGUGAACAAAUGUGUUUACUACUGAGACAUCCAGAUCAGCCUGAACAUGCAAAGGUUUUGAAAGUCGCGAUAAUUGGUGCUCCGAAUGCUGGAAAGUCAACUUUGUCCAACCAGCUUCUUGGCAGAAAGGUGUUUGCUGUCUCCAAAAAAGUACACACUACGCGCAAACGAGCCCUGGGAGUCCUAACAGAGGAGGAUACACAAAUUAUUUUACUGGAUACGCCAGGCCUUACAACCCCGUCAAAAGUCAAAAGACACCAUCUUGAGAAGUCUUUGCUUUUGGAUCCUUGGAGCACAGUAAAAGAGGCUGACCUAAUGGUGAUCGUGGUUGAUGUGUCAGACAGAUGGAUGUGCAGAAGCCUGGACUUCGAGGUGCUUAAAUGCCUGGCACAACACCCUAACAUCCCGGCAAUACUUGUCCUCAAUAAGGUAGACCAGGUAAAAGUGAAGGACAAGCUUCUAAGCAUCACAGCAGAGCUGACAUGCGGGGUCGUGAAUGGUCGCAAACUGCGCAUCCGACCCGUGAUCAAGCCCCCUCGUGAGGAAAAGAGGCCUGAGCGGGAUUGGGAAGAGCCGCACACGAUGGACGAUGCCGGGCCGGAGGACAGUGCUGAUAUCGAUGAUUCUGUGCGAGCCAAAGAACAUAUGAAGGUGCUGAGGAACCAGAAAGGCUGGCCUGGCUUUAAGGAUGUUUUCAUGCUCUCUUCUUUGGAUAAGGAGGAUGUUGAGACACUCAAGAGCUACCUAGUGAGCACAGCCAAGUCUGGAGCGUGGCAGUAUCACAGUGAGGUUCUAACAGAUCAGAAUCCAGAGGAAAUGUGCAUCAACAUUAUCAGAGAGAAGCUCCUGGAGCACCUGCCCCAAGAAGUUCCCUAUGCAGUGACACAGUUUAUUGAGCUUUGGGACGUGGAUGAAAACGGACCGAUUAACAUCUUGGUGAAAAUUCAAACCUCAAAGGAAACUCACAUGAGGCUGGUGAUUGGCACAGCAGGCGAAAUGAUCGCACGUAUCGCCAAAGAGACGAGCGAUCAGCUCACACGCCUCUUCCUGAGACAAGUUAACCUUAAACUCUCGGUCAAGAUGAAAAGGAAAUGA